AUGCUCAAAACACCACCCUUACAGACCGCGACUGCGACAAUAGACACUUUGUGCGGCCGUCUCGAAUCUGCGACGCUGUUGGAGGAUCGGAGAGCAGCAAUACUCGGUCUAAGAAGUUUUGCAAAACAAUAUCCGGCCUCGGUCGCCAGUGGCUCAUUGAGAGAGCUGAUCUCAACUUUGAAGCGCGAUGGACUUGGCGAAGCCGGCUCGACCAAGAGUCAAGAUGGCGAAUCACGGAAAAGUCAGGAAGGCGGAGAUGUGGACACAAUCAGAUUGGUAUUGGAGACCUUACUGAUGCUAUUCAAUCCCGACGCCAACUCACCUGAGGCUGGGGAGGAAAUUGCUCUCUUUCUGGCUGAUGAAUUCUCAAUGGUAUGCGCUCUGUAUCACAUGUCAUAUAGCAUAGGGGCAAGAGCUAAGCUAAUGCCAGCGCCAAGAAAACAUCACUCUACUCCUGAACCUCCUCGAUCCCACCAGUCCGUACGCCGAUUAUUACUCGCGCCGUUACGCCCUGCAGCUAUUGUCUGGUAUCUGUGGUGCUCGAGCAGAGAGAUUGCAGGAAUGCAUAUUGUCUGCUCCACUGGGCAUAUCCAGGAUUGUGGGAGUACUGGAUGACGCGAGGGACGAUGUGAGAAGCGCUGGCCUGUUGUUGCUGGAAGCCUUGACCGCAGGAGCGAACGAGGACCUGCGCAAGAUUGUGGCGUUCGAGGAUGUCUUCGGCAAGAUAUUCGCUCUCAUACAGCUUGAAGGAGGAUUGGCCGAAGCGGGCAUAACAGCGCAAGACUGCCUGGCCUUGCUCGGUAAUCUCAUUAAAGGGUCAAACAGCAACCAGACCAUGUUUCGCGAGUCUGGAUGUGUCGCUCAAUUGGCAAAACUACUGACGCAGGCUUUUCCCUCGGAAGCUCAGGAGGCUGCGUUCAUCACGCCAAAUCGGAAUAAGGCGGCUUGGGGGCUGUUGCAGCUUCUUCGAUGGUUCUUGGUGCCAGGCGAAUCGAGUACCGCACAAAAUCAAGCUGCUUUCUUCAGAGCUGGCACUGCGCAGAUUCUCAUCGAUCUCGGCUUUGCACCUAGCUUGCCACCUCCGAUCCAGACAUCGGCUCUCAAGGCUGCAUCUGCGCUUAUCCAGUCGAACCCGCCGAUUCAAGAGCAAUUUGCCGCGCUCACCGUUAUCACUCCUGCAGAUUCGGAGCAUAAUGCAGAGCAAGCACAGAAGCAGCAACAACCGAACGGCACGCGGCCAAAGAGCGCCCUUGGUAACAGGCAAAGCGCUCGUACAAGCGUUGAAAAUCGCAGAACGUACAUUAUCGAAGCGUUGCUGGAUCUAUCGCUCAACCAGCCACAAGCUGAGCUGAUGCUCAGAGCCGCUUCUACGGGUCUUAUUCAGGCGUAUCUUUUCGGCCACGAUAGAAUAAAAGCUCACUUCUUGCAACGUGCUGUGGCUGGCCAUACUGAGCGCGAGACUGCGGCAAACGUGCUCAACACCCUUCUUCACCCAUCUGAAGCUGAUGUCAGCAGUGUAUUAUUCGCAUCCUGGAUUGUUCAGGACCUGGUAGCUGAGAACUUGGAGGCAAAGAUUGCCCUUACUGCAGUCAGAGAAGGCAAUGAAGACGAAGGCGAGGACGUGCUGACUUCGAUCCAAGCUCUUGGCUCGCAACUGCAAGCCUCGCUGCAGAAUCCGAUGAAUGAGCAACUCAUGGCUGCCUAUGCCAGUCUGCUGACCGUACUGUUAUGGGACUUUGCACCAGGCAUCGACGACUUUUUGGCAGAAGGCUCAAGUGUGCUGCAAUCGCUUGUAGCGGUUGUGAAGACUCCGAGCGACCCAGUCGUAACCGGUCUAUCCGCGAUCCUACUGGGCACAGUCUACGAAUUCAGCACGAAAGAUUCCCCCAUCCCAAGAAGAACUCUAGCGCCGCUGCUCCAGCAGAAGUUGGGACGAGCGAAGUAUCUAGAUGCCCUGCUCCAAUUGCGCCGAGAACCCGCAGUGCGGGACUACGAUCUAGCUAUGGAAACGGAUGAAGCUGACGACGCUUUGUUAAGCAGAGUCUACAUAGACUUGUUCGCUGUAGAGUACUCACGUCUGCGGAAAGCUAUCGACAAGGAUCCUGGUGUCGAAGUAUUGCCUCUAUCGGCCGCGGAGGCUGGCGUCGAUCGCGAUGUCCUGGAUGAUCUUCGCCAACAAUUACAAGCCGCGAACGAGGCCCUCGCACAAGGACAGAAAGAAGCAAUGGAAGCCAGCCAAAAGAACGAGCAAGACCGCAUGACCGUCGGCAAGGAGCUUCAGACCGCCAAUACUGAAGUCGAGAGGCUCCGUAAGAUUAACCAAGCAAUGCAGCAGGGGCACGAGAGCGAGAUGGAGAAGCUGCAAAACCAGCAUGAGCAACAGCGCCAGACUAUUGAGACUCGCCACCAGCAUGCAAUCAACGAUGCCAGAAGAGAAGCCGAACGCAAAGCACAAGAAACUCUGCGUGAGAGAGAGACUGCUUCGACUCAGAAGAUUCAGGAACACGAGCGAAAGAUUGCUGAGCUUGGCAAUGCGCAUCGAAGUGAAGCCAGCGGACAUGCACAUGUUCGACAGCAGCUCGAGGCGCUCACCGGCAAGCACAACGACAUCAUCGUUCGUGAGCGAGACCUCAGCCGACAGCUGGAAGAACUGCAGCGACAAUACGCUGUUGCGGAUCAGAGCUUGCAAGCAGCUACAACCAAAGCCAGCGAUGCCGAGUCCAAGCUAGAUAUUGCCAAGAAAGCGCUCGAUGGUCGCGGUGAGGAAGUUGAGAAGCUAAAAGCAGAACUCUCGGAGCUUAAGGAGGAUCUCAAAUGCAAAGAGGGGGAGCUACAGACUGAGCGAGCUGGAUUUGCUGAGCUGGAGAAGGAACUUGAGGCUGCGAAGGAAGCGGCGUCUGCCGCGGAAACUCGUGCCAAGACAGCCGAAGGUCGUGCAACAACUGCUGAGGAGGCGCAAAAGACUGCUCAAGACAAAUUGAAAACCGCAGAGGAGAAGCUGAAAACUGGCGAGGCAGCCGCAAAGAAGGAUGCAGGCAAAGGAGGCAAGGGCAACAAAGCCGACAAGGACAAGAUUGAGAAACUAGAGAAGGAGUUGAAGGACGCCAAGGAGGCGAAACAGGGAGGCAAGGGAAACAAAGCCGACAAGGAGAAGUUUGAGAAGCUUGAGGCCGAGCUCAAGGAGGCGAAGGAGAAUGAAAGGAGCUCUAAAGACGAGCUUGAGAGCAUGUUGCUCGUCAUGGGCGAUAUUGAAGCCAAGCGUGACGCCUAUCGUGCGAAGGUCAAGGAAUUGGGCGGGGAGGUAUCUGAAGACGACGACGACGAAGAUGAAGACGACGAGGACGAGGAAGACGAAGGUGGAGAGGAUGAUGUUGAUCAGUAA